AUGCCUAUAAGGCAAAUGAAAGAGAGCUCAGAGCAGCACUUAGUGAUAAAAACCCACAUGCAGAACUCCAUGAACCAACCUCAAAAACACCACAAAACUGCUCAAAAUGGCAAAGGACCACCACAACCACUCCAAGAAAGUUCCAACACUAAACCCCAAAACCAGACCUCACCUCCUGCAAAGAAUAGAGGGAGGAGGAGAGGCAGAGGCGGUAGAAAGUCUGAUCAAGGAGACGUAUGUAUGAGGCCUAGUUCAAGACCUUGUACUGUGGCACAUAAACCUGUUGUGAAUCCAACUGGUGAUCUCCUGGCAACUGCUUCUAAUGGGCAUAUUGAGACUGGUAAAAAUGUUUGUGAAAUGGAUAUGGGUUUGGGGUUCCCUAGCUCCAGCAAGUCUUUGAGCUUCGCUCCUAGGCCUGGUUAUGGUCAAGUUGGGACUAAGUGUAUUGUUAAAGCCAACCAUUUCUUUGCAGAGUUACCGGACAAGGACUUGAACCAGUAUGAUGUUACUAUAAUUCCUGAAGUGGCAUCAAGAACUUUGAACAGAGCUAUUCUAGCAGAGCUCGUGAGGCGUUACAAAGAAUCUGACUUAGGAAGGAGACUGCCUGCUUAUGAUGGCAGAAAGAGCUUGUACACAGCUGGUGAGCUUCCGUUUGCUUGGAAGGAGUUCGCUAUUAAGCUUAUUGAUGAAGAGGAUGGUAUCAAUGGUCCCAAGAGAGAGAGAGAAUACAAAGUGGUGAUAAAAUUUGUUGCACGGGCAAAUAUGUAUCAUCUGGGUCAAUUCUUAGCUGGAAAACGUGCUGAUGCUCCGCAGGAAGCUCUACAGAUUCUUGACAUUGUACUGAGAGAGCUCUCUACAAAGAGGUAUUGCCCUGUUGGAAGAUCCUUCUUUUCACCUAAUAAUAUAAGAGCGCCACAACGACUUGGUGAUGGCUUGGAGUCCUGGUGUGGAUUUUACCAGAGUAUAAGACCGACUCAAAUGGGACUGUCCUUAAAUAUUGAUAUGGCCUCAGCUGCCUUCAUUGAGCCUCUUCCUGUGAUAGAGUUUGUUGCCCAGCUUCUAGGCAAAGAUGUAUUAUCAAGGCCAUUGUCUGAUUCUGAUCGAGUGAAGAUAAAAAAGGGUCUCAGAGGAGUAAAAGUUGAAGUAACUCACAGAGGGAGUGUACGAAGAAAGUAUCGUGUCUCGGGAUUGACAUCUCAGCCUACAAGAGAACUUGUGUUUCCUGUUGAUGAUAACUCGACCAUGAAGUCAGUUGUUGAAUACUUUCAAGAGAUGUAUGGCUUCACCAUUCAACAUACACAUCUACCUUGUCUUCAGGUUGGAAACCAGAAGAAAGCAAACUAUCUGCCUAUGGAGGCUUGCAAAAUUGUGGAGGGGCAGCGGUAUACAAAGCGGUUGAAUGAGAGGCAAAUUACUGCUCUCUUAAAAGUUACAUGUCAAAGACCCAGGGAUCGGGAAAAUGACAUUUUGCAGACUGUCCAGGAUAAUGCUUAUGAUCAAGACCCUUAUGCAAAGGAAUUUGGGAUCAAAAUCAGUGAAAAGCUAGCUUCUGUUGAGGCUCGGAUUCUCCCUGCUCCUUGGCUGAAAUAUCAUGAAACUGGAAAAGAAAAGGAUUGCUUGCCCCAAGUUGGGCAAUGGAAUAUGAUGAACAAGAAAAUGAUUAAUGGAAUGACUGUAAGCCGGUGGGCGUGUAUUAACUUCUCAAGGAGUGUGCAAGAGAGUGUUGCUCGUGGCUUCUGCAACGAACUUGCCCAAAUGUGUCAAGUGUCUGGAAUGGAGUUCAAUUCAGAGCCUGUGAUCCCUAUCUACAAUGCCAGGCCUGAACAUGUAGAGAAAGCUUUGAAGCACGUCUGCCAUGCAUCGACAAACAGAACCAAAGGAAAAGAGCUAGAGCUUCUCUUAGCUAUUCUACCUGACAACAAUGGGUCCCUCUAUGGUGAUCUGAAGCGAAUAUGUGAAACUGAUCUUGGUUUAAUAUCUCAAUGCUGUCUCUCAAAACAUGUCUUCAAGAUCAGUAAGCAGUACUUGGCAAAUGUGUCCCUCAAGAUCAAUGUAAAGAUGGGAGGUAGAAAUACUGUCCUUCUAGAUGCAAUCAGCUGCAGAAUACCUUUAGUUAGCGACAUACCAACCAUUAUUUUUGGAGCAGAUGUGACUCACCCAGAGAAUGGAGAGGACUCAAGCCCCUCAAUUGCUGCUGUGGUAGCUUCUCAGGACUGGCCUGAAGUAACAAAAUAUGCUGGAUUAGUUUGCGCUCAAGCUCACAGACAGGAACUCAUACAAGACUUGUACAAAACAUGGCAAGAUCCUGUUCGUGGUACUGUUAGUGGUGGCAUGAUCAGAGAUCUCCUGAUUUCUUUCAGAAAAGCAACAGGACAAAAGCCUCUAAGGAUCAUAUUUUACAGGGAUGGUGUUAGUGAAGGACAAUUUUAUCAAGUUCUGCUUUAUGAAUUGGAUGCAAUUCGGAAGGCCUGCGCUUCUUUGGAGCCAAAUUAUCAGCCACCAGUGACUUUCAUUGUGGUACAAAAACGCCACCACACUAGAUUGUUUGCUAACAACCAUAGGGAUAGGAGUAGCACAGACAAGAGUGGAAACAUAUUGCCUGGCACUGUGGUUGAUUCUAAAAUCUGUCAUCCAACGGAAUUUGACUUUUAUCUCUGUAGCCAUGCUGGUAUUCAGGGGACAAGUAGGCCAGCGCACUAUCAUGUUUUGUGGGAUGAGAACAACUUCACAGCUGAUGGAAUCCAGUCCUUGACAAACAAUCUCUGUUACACAUAUGCAAGGUGCACGAGAUCCGUUUCAGUAGGUAAGUACCGUGGGCAAUAUAUUGGUACAUUGUCCAUUGAAGUUAACCUCCCAAAAGUCUUUUUUAGAUUGUUUUACAACUUGCAACUCAAGUGGCUAGUGUUUUCUGCAGUUCCUCCGGCAUACUAUGCACACCUAGCUGCAUUUCGUGCUCGAUUUUACACAGAGCCAGUAAUGCUGGAGACUGGCUCAGCAGGCAGUGGUGCUGGUCAUGGUGCUAAGGCAACUCGAACAGGAGAAUCUGGUGUCCGACCACUGCCGGCCUUGAAAGAGAAUAACGAAACCGACAAUUGGUAUUGUGUAGGACCAAAAGAUUCAAAGUCAGCUGGUGAAAGUUUGAAGCCACGCUUAGGCUUUUGGGUGGAUGCUCGGGCACAGUGCGAGGAGUGUAGCAUAGAGCAGACGCAUGGGAACCAGGCAACGGCCUCUUACCCAGGACCUUGUAAAAAUUUCUGA